AUGAGCAUCCAAGACUUCUUCACUACAUUGACUGUUCUUCUGUUUAUAGGUAAGUCAUAAUAUACCCUAUCAACAGUUUUGAAACUGUUCACAAAAGUGUUCUAUCUGCCUCCUUUUGCCACGAGCACAGCAAACCGAUGAACACCACGCUAACAUUUCUACAUACCUCACCUCCCUUUUUUAUUUUCCGGUUGAGCCUAACUGCUUCAAUUGCUUCAAUAACAUAUAUUUCAUUGCCAGGUUCAAAUACGAGGAAGUCUAGCUACAGGGGCACCCAACGACCUUUUUCUGUAAAAUAAUUGUUCGAAGGAGCAAUUAUUGGCUAGAAAAUUCUACAGCUCGAGAAAGGCUUAAAAUUUCUGGAUGACCGUUCCAUUCGCCUAAGACAUUUCGAGUUUUUGUACUUUCAGUUUGUUACCUACAAUUUUCGAAGGUUUUGUUCUUCACAUUUUAUUACGACCAAGACAUUGGGAAAAUUGCAAAGAAAACGUCUCCUGAAAAUUUCAGUAUUCAGACAAAGCACCCCUAGAAUUUUCUAAUGAUAGUAUGGCUACUUCAUUUCCUCGAACUUUCAAUCAAACUCAUCAGGAUAGCUGACAGUUUCGGAUGAGACGAGAAAGCCACCUAAAACUUUCGAAAUGGCCAACGUUCCCCUAAGACAUUCGAACAGGUAAAUAGUUUUCCUCCAAAGCACAAAGAGAACCAUUUGAGACACUUCUGACGUAUUUAGAAACAUUCGUUCGUUGGGUUCCCCUGAAGCUAACACUGAAAGAACAUUGCCAAUACGUUUCCAUCGUUGGUUAAAAAACAUUCUAAUUGCACUCAAUAGACCAGACGAUUUCUCAGUAAUCGACUUAAUGCUCUGAAACCGAGGGAUCACAUAAACUUUUUAUCCUCGAGUACAAGAUCGCACAAGAACUUACCUACGUGGCAAUUCCAUAGUCUCUCGAACUCAAGGAUCCUUUGUUCUGCCCCGUUGUGCCAAGAUGAAUGAUUUAUUGUCUUUUUUUUUUCCUUGCAGUUGAAGGGAAAUCACAAGGUGAGUCACCUUUAAGAGUCUUAAGUAGCAGUUUUUCUUUCUUAAUGUGACAUGGCCUCUUGUUGUUGGAGCUUUUAACAUUUUUUUCCCUCUUAUUGGUAGUACGUCAGUUAGAACAACACUCUUGGAUUGAAUUGAGUGCACGGAGAUAAAAGUCAUAGAGGAUAGAAUUCAGUUAGAUAUCAAACUUCUGAUAUUCCGACAGAUUUCCACGGCACCACAUACCGUCUGUCCGUGUUAAGUGUAAAUAGACUUAAUACUGAAAUAAACUUAGCUAGAUAGAGAGUCAUUGCAGACCUGCUCACACGGACAUAUUAAUACGGACCAAUCAAAGAGUGCCACUUUUUCUGGGUUGCGAUUGGUUCUGUACACUCGGGCACAGAGCAAUUCUCAACGAAGCAAAAUGGACCAACCAGAGAGCCGCUCUGGAACGUUGCUGGUCAUCUGAGUCACAGAAAAUGACCGAAAAAUAAAGGGACCAACUGUAGCUGUCCAUUUUAGGACGGCGUCUAUCUUACAGCUUGAAGUAUCUCGAGAGGGAGUCCUCUUUACACUACAAAUUGACAGAUUUUUAAGUGUGCUGAAAGUACUAUAAAAAUUAUCAGUAGAGGUUGAAUUUUACCGGCUUUCUUUGACUUUUGUCAAUACCAAAAGGAAAUUCGCAGUGAGCAGCUAGAGAUGUUUUAGGUACAUUCAGCUCUGUCUAUUGACUCAUUAACUCUCUUUAGAAUCAAAGAAAACCUAGAGUGAUCGUUCACCUUUUCAAAAAAAUUAGUUUCCCUUUCUAUAUCUGAACUAUGAGUGCAUACCUUUGGCGUUCAAAAGUAAAGAUGAAAAUAGACUGUAAUAUAAAGUCAAACAUCGUCAAAUUACCAAAAACGAAUCUUUUUUUUUAGAGUUCGUAGUAUCGGAAAAGAUAACUGGGUAUACUUAGUUAUAAUUUUAGCUCGGUCCUGGGCUGGUGAGACAUCCUUCCUCUCCCUGAGAGGAAGCGAUGAGCUGUUCAAACAAAAUCGUAAAAUUACCUUGAAGGUGUAAGUUAGCAUAGACACACUUUUACCUUUCUUUGUUAUGCAGCAAUCGAUGGUGGUUACUCUUCGUGGAGCGAGUUUUCUGAGUGCAAUUCAACUUGUGGCAAUGGAGUGAAGACACGUGCGCGACUGUGUAACAAUCCUGAACCGAGCAGCGGUGGCAAAGCUUGCACUGGCCUGGGACCAGCAGUGGAAUAUCAAGCAUGCAACUCGUUUCCAUGUCGUAUGUUCAACUCAUCAUAAGUUGCUGGGAAAGUGCCCACCUACCCCACCCCUAAGCCAAUAUUUUGCCCUAAGUGGGAAGUAAGUGUUAAUGUUGGCUAAGAGGAGGGUAGGCGGGCACUUCACCAGAAAGGUGUAAUGAUCCCAACUAUUUAUUCAUGAUCAAAUUUCAUUGUAGGCCUGUUUCAUACGUCGUGCUUCCACCGUUCUAAGCAGGCUCGACUUCACCACAAUUCUAGCGCGAUUCUAG